AUGCAGGGACUUGCUAGAUUCCCAUCGGGCAUACUCAACUGUCUCAAGAAUAGCGAAACUGAAUGUGAGUCUGACGGACCGAUCUGCAUGCCGAGUCAACUAACCAUUCCUUUGUUUCGUGAUGCAGCUUUAAGAAUGUCUGACAGCGAUUCUGAUGUCACGGACAAUGCCGAACCUCUCUUCGACCAUCGCCAAGCUGCUAUGCGGACAUAUAUUGGCAAGCGGCUCACCAGCGAGAAUUUCGACGACAAACUCUUAGCAAAUAUCUUUAUUUUCUGGCGCGAAGAAUGGGCACGACAUCUACUCACCU